AAUAAAUUCCCAAAGUCUUUUAGGUUUAUUUUAGGUAAUGAGAUAUGCGAACGUUUUUCAUAUUAUGGAAACAAAGUUUUGUUGGCUCUUUACCUCAAUACGUAUAUGGGCUAUAGCGAAGACACAUCCACAUCAAUUGUACACACUUUUAAUUUUGUUGCAUAUGCUUUUCCUUUACUUGGAGCAUACCUUGGUGAUGGGGUGCUUGGAAAGUUUAAAACUAUUUUUUAUUUUAGUAUUAUAUAUGUUAUAGGAAGUAUAUUUUUAUCAGUGACAUCUAUUGAUGGAGUCACUGGAAGUGAGCCUGGUCAUAGAUCGCCCUGGGGUAUUGCAAUAGGUUUGUUCCUUAUUGCCAUGGGUACUGGUGGUAUUAAACCUUUAAUUUCGACAUUUGCUGGUGAUCAAUUAAAAAGAAAUCAAUCACAUUUGUUAGAAAGACUAUUUCAAAUUUUUUAUUGGUGUGUUAAUCUUGGUAGUCUAUUUGCUACAGUAUCAGUUCCAUUAUUAAAGCGUUAUGUUGGUUAUUGGUUAGCAUUUGGUAUUCCAGCUGUGUUUUUAACAAUUUCUACUAUUAUUUUUGUAUCUGGCUCAAGUCAUUAUGUCAAACGACCUGUUACCGAAUCAAUCUUAUUAACUGCCGCAAAAGUAGUUGGUUUUGCAAUUAGGGAAAAAUACAGACAGUUUAAAGCAAAGUAUUUCAAGAGAACAGUUUAUAAUAAUCCAUUCGAUAGAAACAACGGUGAGGAUAAAAGCUGGUUAGAUCUAUCAAAAGUACAAUACGAUCCAGAUACUGUCGAUAGUAUAAAGUGUGCAUUAAAUGUACUUACCGUUUUUAUUCCAUUACCAUUUUUUUGGGCAAUUUAUGAUCAAACUGGUAGUAGAUGGACCUAUCAAGCAGAAUCAUUAGAUUUGUGUGUAUUUGGUAAAAAAGUAACAUGGUUGUGUUUAGAAGCAGAACAAAUCCAAGCAUUGAACCCACUUUUCAUCAUGAUGUUUAUUCCAAUUGUAGAAUAUGUUAUAUAUAAACCAUUGAAAAGAUUUGGUAUUAACUUUAAACCAUUAAUAAAGAUGGCUAUUGGAAUGUGGCUGGCCGUUUUGUCUUUCAUCAUAUCAAUGUUUUUACAAAUAGCAAUCGAUAAAAAUCCACCAGGAACAAUUUCAAUUUGGCUUCAGUUACCACAAUAUUUAGUUUUAACAAUUGGCGAAAUUUUAAUCAGUAUACCAGGUUUAGAAUUUGCAUAUUCAGAAGCACCUCCAUCAAUGAAAGCCAUUAUUAUGAGUGGAUGGUUAUUAGCAGUAUCUCUUGGUAAUAUUUUUGUCGUAUUUAUUGUAUCUGCAGUUAAUUUAGGAAAACAAUGGGUAGAAUUUUUAGUAUUUGCUGUUGUAAUGUCUCUAUUUAUUUUUGUUUAUAUGUACAUUGCGUAUAAAUUCAAAAGCUCCACUGCUUCAAACAAUCAAGAUAACCAAUUUAAAUCAAGUAAAGACGAAGAUGAAAAUUCAAUUUUAACUCAGGAUAGCAGCUUAGGUGAUAGAUUUGUAAUCAUUGACAGUAAUGAUGAUCCAGAUGGAGAUUAUAGAGCAAUCGAGUUAGAAAGUAAUUUAAUUUAA